AUGUCAUUUGCACUUAUAGCAUUAUCCUCUAGAUGGAGACGUGCAAGGCAUCCACAUUCCAACCGGAAUUCCCCUUCUCUCAAUGUAGGAAACCCCAGAAUUUCAUACAGUGAACUUGCAAAUUCUACUGGCGGGUUGUCUGAGGUAAAUCUUGUAGGAACUGGGGCUUUUGGAUCUAUUUACAGAGGUACUCUCAAAAAUGGCACAAAUAUUGCUAUUAAAGUUUUCAAUUUGCUGGAUGCAAAUGCUCAUGAAAGUUUUCACAGGGAAUGCAAUAUACUUAAAAAGUUUAGACAUCGCAAUGUGAUUAAAAUCAUUUCAAUUUGUUCGAAUCUUGAUUUCAAAGCUUUGAUUCUUCCAUUUAUGUCGAAUGGAAGUUUGGAGAGAUGGUUAUAUCCUCCUGAAAUAAGUGGAUGCAGAUUAAAUUUGCAUGAUCGGUUAAGAAUAAUAAUGGAGAUAGCAGAAAGAAUGGCAUAUCUACAUCGCCAUUCCACCGUACAAGUGAUCCAUGGUGACCUAAAACCCAACAAUGUUCUAUUAGGGGAUGAUAUGACUGCAUAUAUUGCAGACUUUGGUAUUGCCAAAAUGCUAUCUAGCAAAUCCUGGGAUCAUAUGACUUCCACAAAUGCACUGAAAGGGUCUAUUGGUUAUAUUGCACCAGAAUAUGGAAUGGAUCAAGAGAUUUCAACAAAUGGAGAUGUAUAUAGUUUUGGCAUUUUACUCUUGGAGUUGUUGAUAAGGAGGAGACCAGUUGAUGACAUGUUUACAGAAGAAGUCAAUCUACAAAAAUGGGUAAGCAUGCAUUUUCCAAAUAAAAUUUUAGAAGUGGUGGACGUUAACAUUGUUAACAUUUCUAGCGAAUUGGAGACAUCAAUGUUACUGGCAUGCCUCACUGCAUUGGUGCAAGUUGGAUUAGAUUGCACAAACCAGUUGCCUCAACAACGCCCAGAUAUGACUGAAAUAAUCAAGAGAUUACACAAUGUUAAAUGUAAAUAUGCUGGGGCUACCCGAGAUUAUUAA